AUGGUUGAGAGGCGGGACCAAAGAACCGAAGCUCAACCCACCCUCAAGCACAUCCAUGGCAGGAAGUACACGACACUGGGUCUCACUACUGUGAAGGGCAGGAAGUACACGACACUGGGUCUCACUACUGUGAAGGGCAGGAAGUACACGACACUGGGUCUCACUACUGUGAAGGGCAGGAAGUACACGACACUGGGUCUCACUACUGUGAAGGGCAGGAAGUACACGACACUGGGCCCCACUACUGUGAAGGGCAGGAAGUACACGACACUGGGUCCCACAACUGUGAAGGGCAGGAAGUACACGACACUGGGCCCCACUACUGUGAAGGGCAGGAAGUACACGACACUGGGCCCCACUACUGUGAAGGGCAGGAAGUACACGACACUGGGCCCCACUACUGUGAAGGGCAGGAAGUACACGACACUGGGCCCCACUACUGUGAAGGGCAGGAAGCACACGACACUGGGCCCCACUACUGUGAAGGGCAGGAAGUACACGACACUGGGCCCCACUACUGUGAAGGGCAGGAAGCACACGACACUGGGCCCCACUACUGUGAAGGGCAGGAAGUACACGACACUGGGCCUCACUACUGUGAAGGGUAGGAAGUACACGACACUGGGCCCCACUACUGUGAAGGGCAGGAAGUACACGACACAGGGCCUCACUACUGUGAAGGGUAGGAAGUACACGACACUGGGCCCCACUACUGUGAAGGGCAGGAAGUACACGACACUGGGUCCCACAACUGUGAAGGGCAGGAAGUACACGACACAGGGCCCCACUACUGUGAAGGUCAGGAAGUACACGACACAGGGCGCCACUACUGUGAAGGGCAGGACGUACACGACACAGGGUCCCACAACUGUGAAGGGCAGGAAGUACACGACACAGGGCGCCACUACUGUGAAGGUCAGGAAGUACACGACACAGGGCGCCACUACUGUGAAGGGCAGGACGUACACGACACUGGAUUGUCUUCUUUCGAUCGUUUAUAAUUUAUUACAAGCCACGUCCCUUUAA